CAGCCUUUAAGAUUAAAGAUAAAUUCCAUUCUAUGCACUUGUUCUAUGAAGAAACGAAUGGACCUGCUGCACGUGACAGAGUAAGGAAUAGAAGUUUCGCUCAGCGAUGGACUGAAACGAUCAUUUUCACUCUGUACUCCGUUGGGUUUCACUUCCAUCAUGUUGCUUCUUGUUCUGCUCCUCCUUCGUGCUUCAGAAGGAGCUUCUUCCUCCAUCUCGUGUUAUGAUGAUCAGGGGAAACCUGUAGACUGGUUUUAUUUGUACAAGCUCCCGCAUCUUUCUCAUGAGCCUGUGCAGGAGGGACUGAAGUAUCUUUUCAUGGAUGGAGAAAGUGAGGGAUGGAUGGAUGGGAAGACUUUAGUUAAUGACAGUCAAAGUGCUGUGGGGCGCACAGUAGGGCCUUUAUAUGAGAGUGAUGAUGUUGGAUACGUUUUAUAUAAUGAUCAGCCACCGCAACAAGAGAAGCUUUUUGGAGAUGCAUCUAGGUCUUGUGGCCACACCAAAGGAGUUGUUGUCUUUGAUAAACAGCAGGGCUUCUGGUUGGUCCACAGCACACCUCAUUUCCCCCCUCCUAAAUCACAGGGACAGUUUUCAUAUCCCAGCUCUGGCAUAAGUAAUGGACAGAACUUCAUCUGUGUCACAUAUCCUUUAGAGCGUUUUCAGACAAUAGGUGAGCAGCUGAAGAUCAAUCAGCCUCACAUAUACGACUGCAGCAUCCCUGCUUCACUGGCCGCUGCUGUACCUGCUGUGGCCCAGCUCUGUAAACACACACUGGGCAGAUGGGACAACACUUCCUCCUCACCGACCAAUCGCAGUAUCUCACUCCAAUCGCUGGCCGGAACAGAGUUCAUUAGCUUUGCAAAAGGUGCAUCAUUUGCCAAUGACCUGUAUCACUCCUGGGUUGCGCCUGCUCUUCAGUCCGACCUGCUGGUUCAGUUCUGGCGUCGCUCCUCGGGCGUCCUGCACUCGGACUGUUCUCCAAGCUGGAAAGUCCUCAACGUAGACCUCAUUUCCCCAGGCCAGAGCGUCACGUUCAAAGCUACGGAGGAUCACUCGAAGUGGGCCGUCAGCGCUGGAAGCGGGACGUCCGGCGGCUGGGUCUGUGUGGGAGAUAUCAACCGCGACGAGGCGGAGGAGAAGAGAGGCGGCGGGACGGUGUGCCGGCAGGAUGCUGCGGUGUGGAAGGCCUAUCGCUCGGCCGCCCUGCAGUGUGAGACCUGCGAGAGAGAAGUGCAGACGUGCGACAGUUCUGCUCGGUAUCGCUGAUGAAGCGGGACACAGCAGAAAGAACAACUAAAUCAGGGUCAUGCGGAAGGACCGCCUGUAUAGCUGUCAAACAGGUAUGGUUAUUAGGUCAAAUGCUUUCGGGGAAUAAUAUGGGAGGUAAAUAAUUUAAAUGCAAAUGCAAGACAAACAGAUACAUUUAUGAUUGAUAUCUUAAAACGGGCUAUAAAUUUGAUUUGAUUUUAUUUUUUUCUUUUGCUGUGAUUACAUCAUUCUUUUUAAAUAAAGAGUAUGUGAAGAGAAGGUGAAGUGUGUAAUUUGUGCAGCAUUUUUACACGCAUUACCUUGAACCUCAGGAAGCCAGAAGUGCAUUAUUGGGCUGGAAUGUGUAUGGUGGACGUGUUUUUAAUCUUUCAGCUUUUGUUGCUGUAUUACAUUGAGGAAAUAAAAGCACUUCAUGUGUCUGUAA